AUGUCGAAAGUCAACACGGAUGUGAUGAAGGCGUGGGUGUCCAGCAAAAUUACCGCUCUCUUAGGCUUCGAAGACGACAUCGUGAGCUCGUACUGCAUGACCCAGCUGUAUCCCGAGGAGGCUUUGUCGCAAGAUGCCGACGCCCGCCAGAACUAUCUCUGCCCGAAGAAGCUUGUCAUUUCCAUGACCGGCUUCAUCGGCAAGAACGCGCUGCAGUUUGUCAAGGAACUUUGGGAGCUUCUCAUUGCGGCGCAGAAAGAGAAGAACGGCAUUCCGCCUGCUUUUUUGGAGAAUAAGAAACUGGAAAUGGAGAGGAAACGCGAAGAGGCUGCGAAGAUCAACGAAGAGCUGAUUCGCAGGCACGAACAAAUGAUGAAGGACGAGUUCAAUCGCCAGGUUAAAGACAUCGCAACUGGGCAUGCUCAGUCUCAACCUCCCACGGUUCUCGCAGCAGCUGGAGCCAACCCGGAUUCUCUCGGAUUGUCGAGCUCGGGCGCGGGCAUGCGAGGCUGGGAUGCGCCCGGUGGAGUUGAGCCGGUCAUCACCGUUCCUCAAGGGUUUGACCGUGCGGAAGAGGACAACGAAGCUCCUGUGCGAAGGCGCGCGCCUUCCUCGUCGAGAAGUGGCAGCGAGGCUUCGGAUUAUGGCCGUCGGCGUCGACACAGAGAUCGCCGAUUCAAGGAACACCGAAGGAGAGACAGGAGCGCGAGUCGGAGCCGAAGUCGGUCGCCUUCGAGUCCACGUCGAGAACGCAGCAGAAGCCGAGGGCGCGACCGUGAUAGGGAGAGGAGAAGACGCUCUCUGUCCAGAGAACGACGAUAG